AUGUUCAAAGCUAUUACAUUUAUCUUUCCUCUUCCUACUAUCAAUCUAACCAAUAACAGAAUCAAAACCUUAACGAAUCUAAUACAAUCCAAUGGAGGAACCAUUGCUCUGAAUGCCCAAACUCUCAUGAUCGUGGGCUCUGAUGCUACAUUAGAAUCUUGUCAGAAAUAGCUAUAAAAAAUGAAUUUAGACUUUGAUUAGUAUAAAACGUAGUUGAUUAAUGCAGAUUGGGUUUCCCAAUCUCUACAAGCUAAGAAACUUUUAGAUCUUAAGGCAUUUCAAUUAUUUUUAGACAUUGAGCAAAAAUAACAAAAGGUUAGUCCUUAGACCACAGAUACGAGGAUGGUGUAUGUAGAAUCUUUAGCAAAGACUGUUCCAAUUAAAGAAGGUGUAGAGGAUGAAAUGGAUAUGGAAAGUGGAGAAUACACAAUACUUAAACCUGAGUUGAGAGAUAAGUGCGAGAAAAAGAGAUUAGAAUUUAAGAGACAAAUCAUUAAAGAGAAUCGAUUUAUGUUAGAUUACGAAUAUGACAAAGAUCUGGAUAAUUAUCAUCAUUAAGAAGACGAUGGCUACGAAUUUUUAUUGGAUGACUUUCAAAUUUUAAAGAAAGAAGAACAUGAUAAUAAUUAAUAGAAUAAAUUUUAUGGAGAUGAAGAUUGUUAGAUUACUGAAGUUCGCAAACCUCAAAUAGAUGUGCUUUAGGGAUUGGAUAUGGGAAAAGCAGUAGUUAAUGUAGAUUAACCCUUAAUAAAUGCAUAAUUAAAAGAGACUAAGUAAUUCAAUCCAGGAUUCAAAUAAAAGAUAUAGUUUUGGGAAACCAAAAAAGAGUUUUUCAUUUGUGAUGCUGGAUUUGCACAAAAGUGCUUCAAUAAUUAGAUUAUAGAGGAAUUAGAAAAGCUUCUCAAAAUUUACACAAAUGAAAAAGAUAAAGGAAGAUGCAUAGCCUAUCGAAAGGCUAUUGGUUUCAUAAAGUCUUUAGCAUUUCCUAUCAGAUCAAGUGAAGAUGUAAAGGAAAUGCCAACCAUUGGAGAAAAAAUUAAGAAGAAAAUAGUUGAGAUCAUCUAAACAGGGUCUUUACUAAAAGUUUAAAAAUUGGAAGGACAAGAUAAAAAUAUUGCUAUUACUUAGUUGACCAGGGUUUGGGGGAUAGGGCCAACCACUGCUGCUACUUUUUAUUUCAAAGGAAUUAAAACAUUAAAUGAUUUGAGGUAGAAUCAACAUAUGCUAAAUAAAAACUAAUAAGUGUGUCUACAAUUGGUUGAAGAAUUAGAAUAACGUAUUCCCAGAGAUGAAGCUACAAUUAUUUAUGAAAUUGUAAAGAGGGAAUUAGAUGACUUAAGUGGAGUGCCUGGAUUGUAUAAGGCUACAGCUUGUGGUUCAUAUAGAAGAGAAAAAGAAAGUUGUGGAGACAUGGAUAUCUUAAUUACGAGAUGCGAUGGAAAGAUUGUUGAGGGGUUUUUAAUGAAUUUAAUUUAACGGUUGGAAGGGAAACUACUAACUCAUCAUCUUACAUUGCCUAAGAAGGGAGAACAUGAUAACGAGUCUUAUAUGGGAAUUGGAAGAAUCAGUAAUCAAGGAAUUCAUCGUAGAAUAGAUUUAAAAUUGUAUCCCAAAGAACAGUAUGGUUGUGCAGUUUUGUAUUUUACUGGUUCUGAUCAAUACAAUAGAAGUAUGAGACUGUGGGCUUAAAAAAUUGGAUUUAGUCUCAGUGAUCAUGGGCUCUAUCCGACUUAAAGGGGAACUCACAAUAAAAAGAUGUGGAAAGGAGAGAUGUUUAUCGGAUCCUUGGAUUAUAAUACAAACCACCUAAAGAGAAGAUCGGUAUGA